AUGUACCACAAUUUUGAUCAACUGGCUUCGUGUCAGGAGUCUCUCUUUUAUUCUUUCUCUUUCCUUGAUCCGGUUGAUGAUGCUCAUACUGGCCAUCACAUCUACGCCUGUACUUCUUUUGGCCCAGAUUGGGGAAAUCUACCGGCAAAUACCACAAAUCUUCUCUUGCAGUCAUCAGACGCUCCGGAGCCCGUGAAUGGUACCUAUCAGAUUGGAUACUGGCCCGCCGCCACGGGUUCUUCGGUUUUAUCUUCUCUAGUCACACUCACCAAUCAGCUUCGGCAGUACUUGGUUAGGGGAUUAGGCUCCAUCGAUCGUCCAACCAUUCUCUUCGCCCGCUAUGGCUCCACCUCCGUCGGUCUCUAUAUCGGUCAAGCAUUGGAUAAUCGAGGUAUUGGGGAAAAUGUGCUGUCUUCUUUAUCAGAUUCAAUUGCGUCUGCCAAUGCCAGCCUUGCCGCGAGUGUAGCGAUGCAAUUCUGCGAACCUGGGCAAACUUCGCACCAUGUGUUCGGCCUGAUUGCGACGGGCAAUGGAACUUUUGAUUCCGUACAGGCCGCCCUCUCUUCGUGGUCCAAGGCAAAAUGUUUGACAUUUCCGGUGGUUCAAAACAUCACUGGCACACUCUCGCUCGUGAAACCCUUGUUUAAUGCCUCCUAUUAUGCCACCACUGUCCAUCCCACCCGUCCCCCAGUCUCCCAUGCCACCUCAACUAGUAGCAAUGCGACCUCUGUUCGGGGCAGGGCACUCGCCCCUCGGACAACCUGUUCCACAGUCCAAGUCGUUUCUGGAAAUUGCUAUGAUUCUUUGGCGUCUGAAUGUGGUAUCACAUUAGCCAAGUUCCUUCAGUACAAUAAAGUAACAGACGACGAUUGUUCCACCUUGGUGAUAGGUGAGCACUUUUGUUGUUCAGCCGGUCAACUGCCAGACUUUUCUCCUAAGCCGCAAUCCGAUGGUACUUGCACGACAUACACCAUCAAGGCAAAUGAUAACUGUGAGACGAUUGCUGCUUCAUACAGUCUCACGGUGGAUGAGCUUGAGAAUUACAACAAUGAUACCUGGGCUUGGGAAGGCUGCAAUCCUCUCUACGUGAACAACAUCAUUUGUCUAAGUGAGGGUAAUGCGCCAAUGCCGGCCUCUCUUGCCAAUGCAGAAUGUGGGCCACAAGUUCCCGGAACAUUGACCCCCGCGAGGGGAACGAAUAUUUCCACACUCAACGAGUGCCCUCUGAAUGCGUGCUGUGAUGUGUGGGGCCAAUGCGGUACAACAUCCGACUUCUGUAUCAACACCGGCACUGGCGCCCCUGGAACCGCCAAGAAUGGUACCAACGGCUGUAUCUCUAACUGCGGCACAGCUAUUGUGCAGAGUGAUAAACCUGCCACAUACAGGAAAGUUGGCUUCUACGAGGGUUUCAACUUGCAGCGGCCUUGCCUCUAUCAGGAUGUCUCUCAAAUUGACUUGAGUGCUUACACACACAUUUAUUUCGCUUUUGGUGCCCUCUCCUCGUCUUAUGAGGUCCAGAUCCCCAACGGCACCGCGACGGGUACCACCUACGAGUUCGACCUGUUCAAACAGAUCGUAGGCACAACGCGUAUCUUGUCGAUCGGUGGAUGGGCAUUUUCCACCGAUCCGAGCACGUACAUGAUUUUCCGUGACGGUGUCACUUCUGCUAAUCGGUUGACAAUGGCCACCAACAUUGCCGACUUCAUCAAGGACCAUGACCUCGACGGCGUCAAUAUCGACUGGGAGUAUCCAGGAGCAUCAGACAUCCCUGGUAUCCCUGCUGCUAGUACCGAUGACGGUACCAACUAUCUCGCCUUCCUUGCCGUCUUGAAAAACCUCCUUCCUGACAAGGAGAUAACAAUUGCGGCGCCAGCGUCAUACUGGUACUUGAAGGGCUUCCCCAUCAAAGACAUGGCUGAACUCGUGGACUACGUCAUUUACAUGACCUACGAUUUACAUGGACAGUGGGAUUCCCACAACCAGUGGUCACAAGAAGGGUGUCCAACAGGAGCCUGCUUACGUUCGGACGUGAACAUUACCGAAACAGAGGGCGCUUUAAGCAUGAUCACGAAAGCCGGUGUUCCUUCCAACCAGGUCGUGGUCGGAGUGACUAGCUACGGACGAUCGUUCGCCAUGGCCGAAGCGGGCUGCUAUGGACCAGAUUGCACAUAUUUGGGAUCAGCUGACGACUCGCAAGCUACACCAGGAAAGUGUACCCAGUCUGCAGGCUACAUCGCCAAUGCCGAAAUUUUGGCGAUUCUCGCAAACUCCAGCCGGGUCAAUGAAAACUACAUUGAUAUUGAUAGCAACACCAAUAUCCUUGUAUAUGAUGACACUCAGUGGGUUGGAUGGAUGAGCGAGGGCAUCAAAAAUUCACGAAAGUCGGUCUACCAGGGCCUAUCGAUGGGUGGCUGGACCGACUGGGCUACUGACUUGCAGAAAUUCAACGAUGCUCCUUUCACCUCGACAUCCUGGACUAAAUUCACCAGCGACGUUAUUUUGGAUGUUGACCCUUACGUAGAAGGCAACCGAACAGGCAACUGGACUUCCUUGACCUGUUCAGACGCCGCUGUGCAAGAUGCGCUAUACAUGCCCUGUUCGCAGCGCUGGUCGGAGCUGGACGCAUCCAAUGCGUGGUCAGAUGCCAUCAAUGUCUGGACUACUAUCGACGAGCCAAAACUCGGGAAUACUGAACCUGGGUUCACUUUAUCUAUCAUGAACACCUUCCAUGCUGGGGAGUCGAUGAACUGUGGAAGUAUUGCUCCGAACGGCGCUUGCUCCACCACCGAAACUUGCGCCUGGUUCGAAGGGUUUGGCGACAGCGGUGAAUCGGGCCCUGCGGCAAUGCUUAUCUACAACUCUUUCACGGUUAUCAACGAGCUGACAGACAAACUCGUCGACCAGGCAUACUCUCAACUAUGGUACGCCAUCAAUGGAAUCGCUGCAACGUACAUCGACAAUCAGCUUUCAGACUUUGAGGAUACUUUUGCACCGGUCCCUCCAGCUAAGAGCGAUGAGUGGCUGGACAUCCUCAUCGAUUUGCUGGGUCUCGGUCUUACUGCGGUCGCGGCGCCGUUCUUUGACGGAGUUUUUGGAGCUCUACCGGCCCUUGAAGCCCUAGGAGAGGCAGGUGCUCAAGUCGCUCAAGAUGUUACAUAUUCCGCCAUCGCGUAUGGAGUUUCAAUUGCUACAAGUACUCUGCCUUCGGCCGCACCGGGCGAUUGGACAGCGGAGUCUCAGGAUAGUUUCAGUGCCACUAUGGGCUCCGUACUCUACGGCUGGUCUAAUGCCACGGCAAACCAACUUUAUACGCUUUUCAACGGUUCAGAGACCUCUAUCACCCUUCUGACAACCCUCAUUAGCGACGGUAAGCUCAUCGAGGGCAGCGGCGGCGCCCCAUCGGUUGGCUACCAGGUAUCGGAUUCAACAUCCUCCGAUGUCGAGGCUUUCAUUGGCAAAGCUUUCUUCGGGUACUCCAUUCCAACUUUGUGGACUAUUUCCGGUUCUGCCGCCUUCGUCAUCGACUCGGGCUAUCCAUGCAGUGCACAAAAUCCACUGACCGAUUAUAUGACUGCUUCCACCCAAGAGUCUACAUAUGCAUGCUACAACGAUAACCUGUACUAUCUGGUCUACCCUGAUGGCACGGAGGAUGGUUGUAGUGAUCAACAUGAGGAAAAAUGCGUUAAAAAAUACUUCACUGCUCCGCCUGGCUUGGACACUCUCAGUUCAACUACCUGGGGAGGCAUCACUCUAUCUGAACUGAUCGAGGGAUCUGUCAACACAUACAUCGCCAACGGCAACGCGAAUGGAGGACCUGUCGCUGAUCCGAUGGAUGCACUAACGCUCAAGGACUUGUCGAAUCAGAACAUUACCACGCCCGGCUAUAUUCGCCUACCGGUAUGUACUGCGCAAGUUGCCUGGGCCUCCUGGACGAACCCAGCGCAGUCCAACUCCUCCGCCUCAGGGUACCCCUGCAACCCUCUCCAAGGCGUAACCAAAUGCAGCGGCUACACUUACGAGGAUGAGACCACAUCCGCCUCCCCCUCUGUCUCAGACUGCAAGACCCUCAUGAAAAACAUCGCCGGCACGAGCGGCGAAUGGACUACCGGCAUCGAUGGACAGCGCGCAAUUGCUAAAUACGGCACCUGCAAAUUCGGCGUCCAGAAUGUUGGCGUUACAGGCGAUGUCACUUACAACACCGGCAGUCAGGAUAUUGUGAACAUUGUCACCGAGGCCAUUUCAAAGUACGAAUGGGAGGGCCAUGUUGGUGCGAAGGGAUAUAUGAAGUGUAGUGGUGACGCGGGCAGUCAAAAGGUAGAGUGGGGACUGUAUUAA